UCCCAAGUCCCAACCCUAGCAGCCCCCGAUUUGCUCUCUGCCGAUCCCGUGUCGCCUCCACGAUCUAGCAUCCCACGCCUCUAGCCCUCCAUAACAAGAUGAAGAGGGCGAUAGCCUUACCGCUGCAGCGGAAGGUGGCCCUCAACCCGGAUAGGAAGCGGAAGUUGGCCCUCAACCCGGAUAGGAAGCGGAAGUUGCAGUGGCUCGCGGCGAGGUUCCGACCGAAGCGGCGGAAGGAGGCCAAGGUGGUAUACAUGACUGACAAGGAAACUCACAUGCUUGCUGUUGUUAACAUGGACUGGGAUCAUAUUAAGGCGGUGGACUUGUAUAUGGUCAUGACAUCUGGUAUCCCGGAAGGUGGCCGAGUUCUGUCAGUCUCGAUAUAUCCAACAGAAUUUGGACUCAAGUGCAUGCGCGUUGAGGCAGCUAUAGGCCCUUCUGCUCUUAUUGGUGCUGAUUGUGAAGAAGAUAGUGACUUUGAGGCCGAGAACAACAAGCUCCGUACUUCUCUAAACAGACGCAGGUUCUACUAUGCAGUUGUGUUGUGUGAUUCCAGGGCAACUGCACUUCACCUAUACACGACUUUUGAUGGUACAGAGUUCUUGAAAACAGCAAAUGUGUUCGAUUUGCGGUUUAUUCCCGGCUCUAUGGACUUCAACUAUCCUGCUCUUGAUGUAGCUACAGAGGCACCUCCGAGUUACAAGGAACCUGAUUUUGGGACUCAACUUACCAAAGUUGAGCCCAUCUGGGAUAACGAUGCUAAGUUAGAUAAACUUCUUAAAUAUAUAUCAAGGUAUGAGGGCGAAUCAGAUCAAUGGUUUUGUACAACAGGAGUCAGCAGAAACAAGCAUAGAAGGUGCGCACCUGUGGGGGAACCGAAUGAUGGGGAAACGUGGUCCCAAGAUUCUGCUGCCAACUCUCUUGUGAGGCGUUCUAAAAGCAAGCUAGAGUGAAAGGUUCAUUCCUUUGCGUUACUUUGGGGACUCUGGUGUGAUAAUAGUUAUCUUUUUGUA